AUGUCAUGUUUGCUUUCUUUCAAGGUCCUUUUCUUGCUGCCCACUGAAAAUAAAGAAAUUUAUGGCGUAAAAAGACAUCUGUGUGUCAAUUACCCAAUUCCAAGCCAGUGUGUGUUGAAACGGACCUUAGAGACCAUCGCUACAAAGAUUGCCCUGCAGAUGAACUGCAAGCUAGGAGGUGCGCUCUGGAAGGUGGAUAUAGAAUUGCAGAAUGCAAUGUUCAUUGCUAUCGAUUGUUUCCACGGUAUUAUACAUUGACGGAAGUCAGUCGCAGGAUUUGUGGCAAGCAUCGAUCCAGACUUGACGCGGUGGUUCUCUCAAUGCAUCAUCCAGCAAUCGGGGCAGGAGCUUGUCAAUGGGCUGACGACCUGCUUGCACACUGCCUUGAAGCUCUGGUAUGAACAAAAUUCAUCUCUGCCACAUUCCACCAUUGUGUAUCGAGACGGAGUGGGAGAUGGACAGCUUCAAGCACUGACUGACCAAGAACUAAAACAGAUGGAGUCCUACUUAGAAAAUGCUUACAGAGGACAAAAUGUCAGACUAACUUUCAUGGUGAAGAAACAAAUAAACAUCAGAUUUUUUAUUGAAAAGGAUGAAGGAAGACUUAACAAUCCAUCUCCAGGAACGGUUAUUGAUUUAGGUGUGACUAGGACGGAAUGGUAUGACUUUUUUAUUGUGAGUCAGUCUGUGAAAGAAGGCACUGGUACUGUCACUCCCACUCAUUAUAAUGUCAUCCAUGACACGCUUAACUUGAGCCCAGACGCAGUACAGAGUCUAACUUACAAACUAUGCCACAUGUAUUACAACCUAAACGGUAUCAUCUGAGUCCCUGCUCCUUGCCAUUAUGCCCAUAAGCUGGCUUACCUGGUGGGCCAGAGUCUUCACCAAGAACCACAUGGAUCUCUGUCAAAACGUCUUUUACCUUUAACAUAG